AAUAUUAUGACGAGGAGCUGUGUACUACUAGCGCUGUUUGGUGAUGACUGGAACGUGCAGAGAGGAUCUGCCUUUUUAGCAUGAACUUUGGCGGCUUAUUGGGUCUCGUUUACGGCAAGAUUUACCUCUAAAACUGCGUUGAUUCCACAUAUAUGUUCAUGACUGUUGCUGUCAAGAUUAGGUAAAGGAGAUUACAAUGGUUGUAUGAUUUUAACAAUAUAAUUUUUGCGUUGAUCGCGGAGGUUUCCGAUUGGGGGCCGGGCUUGCUGCUCGAACUGAGCUUUUUGACCCCGUCGUUAUCCAGGGUUCACCGCUGGCUUGACCGCUGGGCGAAGCGAAGGACGUAGCUGGGAUCUCAUAGUCAUACUCUUCUUUACAUAACGUGGAAAAGCUGUUGCCUGAGCCGCAUUCAAGAUGUUUCCAGGAAGGUUUGAUCAUAACUCGAGACCUGAAGUCUUACGGGAGCUACCUGUUUCAAGCAUUGACAGUGAUGCUAACAUUGGAAGAGCAAUGCGAUCGGGGAAUACCACCAUCAUCACGAUGAGCCCUGAUCGUCCACCCAGGAUCCCGAUCCAUGCAAUGGGCGGAGAGGGGCUGUUCUGCUCCCCGGUCCAGUAUCUCUAUGCAACUGGUAGAACCAGAAGAAGACUACAGCUUUACCCUGAUGUUGACCGCCCAGUAUCGCCGACCUUUGAUGACUUCAAACCCCCGAUGUCCAGCACCCCCGGUCCUUCCUCACCCUGUCGAUCAUCGCCCCGGUCGUCGCCACGGAAACGCAACAUCAACCAAUCAUCGGGCUACUACAGCCACCUUGAUUCUGCAGAGGAGAGCAUCCUACAGGAGAGUGUUUCGUGGUUACGGAGGGCUAAGAAAGCGAGGAAGGAGAGGAGGGAGACAUCAGCUGACCUGGUGAAACGGUUGAGGGCACUGACGGCCGAUCAGCUCGCAACAGUCGUUGGUGACUUGCUCAAACAACAUCCUGAUCUUGAAGAGGACCUCCAAGAUUUAAUACCAGAGCCCGAUAUAUCGUCAUGCGAGGAAGAAAUAUGUGAACUGCUCCAUAAUAUCUACAGGGCUAUGCCACGGCAGAGACUAAGCUCAUCUCGUAGUGCGUUCACAUAUAGACAGGUCCGACUACACAUUAUCAAAUUCAAGAAGGAAUGCAUCCAACAUGGCCGCCAUUUUGUGAAGUGUAAAGCAUGGGAUGCUGCGAUGAGAUAUGUUCUGGUUGCCUGGCAACAGGUCCACAAACUACCUGUGUGGGAGUGUCCUGCUCACAAUCGUCUAAAGACAAGCUGUUAUCUGGGUCUUGCUGCUGUGUGUGUAGAGUCUCUAAGGAAAGGAGCAUUCAGUUUACAAACAUUGCAAGAAUUCAGACCAAAGAUUGAAGCCAUGGUCAGCGCUGCUCCAGAGAUGUCGGCUUGUCUACAGAGGUUGAACAUCAUGAUGGAAACGUCAUCAGAAUCGUAAUGAUGGUCUGAACACUGCAUUCUUGUUUGUUGUUUUAAGAGACACAACAUCAAGUUCUUGUAGGAAUGGGUUUAGGACAUGUUGGUCACUAUUUCUCAGUUGUACAACAUGUCAUCUUUGAAGUUUUGUGAUGAUCGUAAUUCCAGAGUUGUUGGUUUGUCUAGAGGGUUGAACAUUCAUGACAGAAAAGCCAUCAGAAUUGUAGUGAAGGUUGUGUAGGUUUUGUGUUUUUCUGGGAUUGGGUUUAGGACAUGACUUGCUUCUUAAUAGUUGAACAUCAUCUUAAAAGGUUCAUUAAGAGCAAACUUGGGAAAAGGAUGGUGAGAAGCCUCAGUAGUGAGUAGAGAUGUAACGGAAUCGUGAGGCUGCUGGAGAAAACCUUCCGUAGACUUUUUACACGUGACUCGGGCCGAGGCCGGUGAAUUGUGGCGUCGAGGCCAACCAGCCUCCACUACAUCCCUGCCAGUGAGCUUAAUAAUUAUUGACCUUGUUAGAAGGAUGGUGAUAUCAUCAGUGCAGAGACCUGUCUGUGACUUGGUUUGUUCACAUCGCAACUGUAAACUUAAGGCAUAAGAUGGCUGACAACGCCAAGAAGGCUCCUAUUAAACCGGCCAGCGACCCAUCCGCCUGGUGCUGAAAUGGUUCUGACAGCAAUCACCGAAUUGAAGGAGCGCAACGGCUCUUUGCUCCAGGCAAUCAAGAAGAACAUCGAGCAGAACUUCGAUGUUUAGAUCAACCGACAGCUCAUAGAAGGGCAAACUUAUGCAGAUGAAGAGGAUAGGUGCUUUGGGUCGCUCAACUCGAAUGUGCAAGCAGCCAGUCAAAGACAGAGACCUAUUAAAAUACUUUAAACACUUUUAAUCCACUUCUUUAAUUCCUAUGAUUAUGUGAACACAUAUACCAAAGGAUAGUGUUUGGUUCUAAGAGUUUUGACAAUUUGAAAAGUUUGUAAAGGACAUGUUCUAUUGUCAAUAACAUGUACUGGAAAUACAUUUAAUUGUGAUGUAGUCAUAUUUUCAUAAUGUUGUACAUGUACAACAUUAUGAACACUGGUUUAUACUACAGUUGAAUGCUAUUGAGAACUUUCUUGGCUAAGAUCAUCAUGUUGUUGGAGAUGAGAAUCUGUAUUUCCAAUACCUUUGUAGAAGUAGCAAGAAAUAGUAGUAAUUCACAGUGCAUUAAAUUUGCACACUUCGGGCAGCUGAAUAACAUUGAAAAAACAUUGCAUUGCAACUUCUAAUGUUUACUGUGCUUCUGUCUACAUGAAAAGUACUCUUAAUACAAAUUUUCUUUGUAUGAAAUAGUUCUUGACACCUGUCAAGUCUUGAUUUGUAAUGAAUUUAUGCUUGUUGAUCGAUUUAGUUCUACUAUUGUGCCUUAAUUUCUGAUAAACUUAUUCUUCCUUGGCCAAUGACACUAUUAUGUGUACUGAACUGUGCUUUGAUUUCUAAUUCAUACACUGAAGUAUGAUUUGUUACCGAACUUUAUUGUGCCUUAAUAUCUGAUAGAGUUGUGCCUUGAUAUCUGAUAAAUUUAUUCUUUGUGGGCCAAUGCUACCAUUUAUUGUGCCUUGAUUUCUAAUAAACAUAUCCUUUCUCUUGUACGUUAAUUUGAAUUAAAAAACUCUGUCUCGGCCAAUGUUGCAGUUCUACUUUAAAGGAGAAUGAAACUCUUGGAGCAAGUUAGCUUUUGUGAAAGCAGAAAAAUCAAAGGAUAAGAUCAACAAAAGUUUGAGUAAAAUAGGACUAGCAAUAGAAGAGUUAUGAGCAUUUGAAUGUCGAGAUCACUAAUGCUAUGGAGAUCCUCCCAUUGGCAACGCAACCAAGAUCUAUGAUAUCACAGAUGAACAACUCUCCCCUUUUGGACACUGAAAAUAUACCCCAAAACAUCUCUUUUUGCUCAUUCUAAUCAUAUGACAAACGAUUAAUCAAUGAUAUAAUGUUGUGAAACCUCUGUAUUUGUCCUCUCAUAAAGAGAACACCUCACCUUGUGAUAGAUUCUAUAAAAGUGAGAAUAUAAGUGAAAUAAGUACUAAAGCAAUGAGGGAGUUGUACGUGUGUGACAUCACAGAUCUUGGUCGCAUUGCCAAUGGGAGGAUCUACAUGGCAUUAGUGAUCUCAAUAUUCAAAUGCUCAUAACUUUCUUAUUAUUCAUUCAAUCUUCCUCAAAAUUUCAGCAAUAUGUUUCUUUGAUUUUUCUCUUUGAUAUGGAUUCAGCUGGUUUCAAGGAUUUCAUUCUCCUUUAACAUAACUUCAUUUCUGAUAAACUUACCUGUAUUCAUAACUUUGCUAUUAUAUCUGUUAUACAUUUUAAUAUUGUGCCUUAAUUUUUAAUGAACUUAUUCUUUCUUGGCCAAUGUUACUUUUAGUUUAUUGUGCCUUAAUUUCUGAUAAACUCAUUUAUGUCUCAGCUAUUGUAACUGUUAUACAAUUAAUAUUGUGCCUUAAUUUGUAAUAAGCUUAUUUUUCAGCAAAUUGCUCCUUACGCAGUACUAGCGACAGAAUUACAAGGUACGGGAUUUGUUUAAACCUUUUUUUGUAUGAUUAUGUUCAGGAACUUGACACAUCUUUUUCUAUAUUGGCUGUGCAUAGCUUAGUAUAGUCAAUGCAUUCCCUCUUCUGUACAAGCAGUAAUAAUGACUCAUUUGAAUGUACUAUAAUUUGUAAUAUUUUUUUAUAUUGUGUCAUCUUGUAGUAUUAAGAGUUGCAAUGGUAUGUUGUGCUUGUUGAUAUUUGAUUUCAAUGUUAGUCGAUUAUCACCAGCAAAAUAACGCUGAUAACAUGAUGUAUCGUCGAGUCUGAAAAUUCAUUAUGAGCUGCAACUCCAUGAAGGCGGGGAAGGGGGAAAUAAAGUAAGGCCGUCAUCGUAAUGAAUGAAAUCGUAAUGAAUCUGACUUCAUUCCUGAUCAAGAGAAGGUAUUGAUUAAAGGGGAAUUUCACCCUGACUAAAAGUUUAUUGUAAAAAUAGCAGAAAAAAUAAUAAAAAAUAUUGGCAAAGUUUUUAGGAAAAUCCUUAGGAAAAAAAAAGUUAUUAGAAUUUUAAUUAUUUGAUUUGUAACAAUAUGCAAGCAGUUUUCCUACAUAUCGUAUGUUAAAAAAUUAAUGAAAUGUUUAUUUUCUCAGAAAAUUGCAAAUGGUUUUUAUUUUACCUUCAGUACCAGUAUAUCAAUACGCAAAUGAUAUCACACCCACUCCUAAAGAGAAAAUAAUAAAAAUAAGUCAUCACAAAUCAUUCAAAAAUGAAAUUUAAUGCAUUUUGUAUCAUGGAACAUAUGGGGCUCGUUUUUUAAGUCACAAACCAAAAACUUAAAAAUGUAAUAACUUUCUUAAACUUUAAUGGAUUUUCCUCUAACCUUCACCAAUAUUUUUGAUUUUUUCCCCCUGCUAUUGUAACAAAGUUUCGGUCAGGGUAAACUUCCCCUUAAUGACAUUCCAGAAAUGUAUUCUUAUUUUUUACAGUGUACCUUGCUAAAAAUUUUUUGUCAUGCUACAGUACCUACUCUUUCAGACCAGUCCACCUCAUUUCUUUUCUACUCCAUUUUAUUUUUUUCUCCAUUCUGCAUUUUGUUUUCAUUCCUUUCCACCUCACCUCUUUCCAGGCCUACAUGUAGAUAUAAAUGUAAUUCAGCUGACUUUGUUGCUUUUUUCAUCAUUCCAAUUGAAUUGAGCGGUAUUCUUGCACAUUUAGAUGUAGAUGUUAAUGUAAUAAGUGCUAUACAAGUGAAGGAUAUUUUAUAUUAAUAUAAUUGCUAUUGUGAAUUAUUGAUCAGAUAUUAUGUAUUUCCAUUCCAGUACAUAUUUUUUAUUAUGCUUGUUAUUGUAAAAUUUGUUUAGAAGUUGAAAAGGGAAUUUUCGCUGCAAUUUGGCUAGUUUCUAAUGGCUCUAUGUUGGCUUUGCCAAUGUAAAGGUCAGGUCCACCCCAGCAAAAAGUUGAUUUGAAUCAAUAGAAAAAAAAUAAACCAAUAUGAUGCUGAAAAGUUUUAUCAAAUUAGAUAAAAUAAGGGAGCUAUAAGUUUCACUUAUUUUCACAAAAUAUUCAAAUGAAAAAUGGUGAUAUGCAAAUGAGCACACACCAUGGACCUACUAGUCCAUGCACACACUAUUUCUUUUGUAAUACCGUAUGAAUUAUAGAAUAUUUCGUUAUUUUUGAGAUACGGCAAUAUUAAAUGAAGCUCGUCAAUAAGUCACGGUAUGAUGUAACAAUGCUCAUUCCACAUUUUUCAGGGAGAAAUAAAUCUUUUUCACAUUAUGAUAAUGAAAUAUUUUAAUGAAAUGAAUGUUUGAUAUAUCACUAUUUAUUCAAAUAAACUUCUUUUUGGAGGUGUACUUGAUAUGUAAGUAGGCCAUCUACAAACAGGGUAUGUACAGAGUUUUGGAUAGAUUGGAACAAAUGAAGCUCGAACACUCAAAAUUUCGGCAACUUAAAUAAUUUGCCAAGACGUUGAUUGAAUGCUUUUAAGCCAACUAUGCAUACUACAAUGUAAUGUAAUGACGUCUUCCGUUCAAAAUAUUUAAAUAACUUUAAUUUACAGUAAGCCAAACUCCACAUAUUCAGUAAAGUCUUGUUAGGCGGUUCUAGUGACAAUAUGAGGCUGUUCUCACUACGUUCCUAAAACUAGUUUACUGGAAACUAGUUUAACGCGUAGUGAGAACGGUCGAAGCGAUCUUGGAAGCGAUCUUCCAAACCAGUUUGGAAAACCACCUCGAGAUGUAGUUUUCAAGAUCGCUUUGCCUCGUUAAACUGGUUUUAGCGUAAGUGAGGACACAACCGUUCUUCGGGAAGCGAUCUUCGCACAUUUUGAGUGUGCUACUCCACACGACAGGUGUAGAAUGCCUAUGCUGCAGUUUCGAAUUUCGCGCGAUACGUGUCACCCCACUGAGAGCAUUUCCAUAGCAACAAGAGCGCUUUACGUGAAGUGAUUUUGAAAACCACUUUCGUGUGAUCAAGUGAGAACGCUAGCAAAGCGAUCUUCCAAAGUGGUUUCCUGAAUCGGUUUCCAGUAAACUAGUUUUAGAAAGCGUAAUGAGAACGGCCUCUAUGAUUAGCACGGUUUCCAAUCAGUACGAUAUCAAUACUUACUGAUAAUUGUUGGAAGUUCAAGCAUUUGUUGGAAUGAUUGUACAUAGUGGAACUGUAUAUUGUCUGUUAAUGGACAAUCGUAUUUUGAUUGAAUUCUUGUUGUUCAAUGAUUUCAGGGUUUGAAUAAAGAAAUGUUAAAAAAGAGAAA